UGGCUUUUCAGGUAAUAAUUAAUUGACAAGUCAACCCAUUCCCCUCGUUGAACAUCCCCAUCGAAAAUCCUUGCGGAGAUUCACUGGCAACUUGACCGGAAAUGCCGCGUGUUAUUACCAUCAUUGGUGCCACAGGCAACCAAGGCGGCUCUGCUGCUCGUUCACUGCUUCAGAAUCCAUAUUUCAAGAUACGCACCGUUACUAGGAAUCCUUCCUCAGAUGCUAGUAAGGCAUUGGCCUCAGCAGGAGCUGAAGUAGUACAGGGAAAUGGGUUUAAUCAUGAGGAAAUGCUCCGCGCAUUCGAGGGCGCCUGGGGACUAUAUCUCAAUCUAAACUCAGAUGACGAGAUAUGGAGCAAUCCUAACGGACCUACUGAAUUCGACCUUGGUAAAUCGAUCAUCGACGCUGCAGUUCAAGCGGGUGUGCCACAUCUGGUUUACAGCUCUGGCCCACCAUGUGUCGAAAUGACGGAUGGCGUCGUCAGGAUGAAGGCUAUGGAGAUGAAGUACAAGACGGAACAAUAUGCAAAGGAGAGCGGGAAGUUCCAGACUGUUACACCCAUUAACGCUGCAUGGUACCUCGAAAACUUCCUUGCGAAAGAGAUCGCUCCUGCAUUUGGUGGCUUCCCUUUUUUCCCUGACGAUGAAGGAUAUCUUAGUUAUAAGGUUCCUCACUGGGGUGGAGAUAAUAGGGUACCGUACCUAAGCAUUACAGAUGACUACGGAGACAUUGUCCAUGGAGUCUUUUUAGACCCUACUCGAUGGAAGGGCCAGGUUAUUCAGGCCAUGAGCGAUAUGAUCACCUUUGAUGAGCUGGCGGCUAACUUUGAAGAAAUCACUGGGAAAAAGUCUAGGUUCCAGCCUGUUCUCCCCUCGUGGGAGGCAUAUGACACUCACGGAGUGCCAGAAUUGGAGGACGUCAAGCUCAUGUUUGGCUUUACCCAGAUCACGGGAGGGCGCUAUUUUGGCCCUGAGCCGUCUGAUAUAAAGGUAUCCAAAGAAUUGAAACGUGCAACCGCCAAAGCUUUAGGCAAGCCAGAAGACGAAGGGACCCUGAAGCCUUCAAAGGAAUGGUUUCGGUCACGAUUUUCUUGA